GCGACACCGGCGCGCGCGCAGUCGCCUUCAUUUAUCAAUAUCAACAAACAGACAGACCGACUGCCCCGGCCCGUUCACUUGUGAAGCUGUUACCGAUCUCGUCAGUUCUGUGAAUUUGUGACAACCAAUACUACGAAUGCGUUUUGCAAAAUUACAAUUAACACUAAAAUUAAUUAAAAAAUAAUAAAAAUAAUGCCAAUUAGGCUGUGCUCGUGGUGAUUAGUGCCUUUCAGUGAUAACUUUGCGGAAAAAUAUUUUAAACAGUGGAAAUGACAGGAACGGAUUUUGAUGAUGUUUUAAAAAAAUUUAGUAUAUUUGGACGGUAUCAUUGUUUAUUUUUAUUUCUCACGAUUCUAGCCUUUGCAUCUAAUAGUGUGUAUAGCAGCAACUACAUAUUUACCGCUGAAGAAGUCGCUUACAAAUGUGCGGAUGAAGCUUUCGGUGACAAUGCCUGCUACAUGAAAAACAUUGAGAACGCGACCGUUCGAUGUACGGAAUGGAUCUAUGAAAACCCAAACACCUUUGUUGCAGAAUUCCAGCUAGCCUGUCAAGAAUGGAAAAGGACGCUCGUCGGCACAGUCCACAGCUUCGGCUACAUGGUGGGUCUCCUCGUAGUAGGACCGCUAUCAGACAGACUUGGAAGAAAGCUGACGUUGGUCAUUACGGGGAUACUAGGGGGCGUGUUUGGCAUCCUGAAGAGCUUCACCCCCUGGUACUGGAUCUACAUCGUGUUGGAGUUUCUGGAGGCUGCCAUUGGGGACAAUUGUUCCCCUAUGUUCAUAUUGACGAUAGAAAUAGUUCCUACAAAGAAGCGCGCCCUUUUCUACAUACUCUGUUGCUUUGGAUACACCCUUGGAGGAAUCUUGCUACCAGCCGCAGCCUGGCUCGUGCCAUACUGGAGAAACUUUCUCCGGGUCAUCUACUCACCAGCCUUAUUCUUCUUUCUAUAUCUAUACUUCAUGGAUGAGAGCCCCAGAUGGCUCCUUACAAAGGGCAAAAAGGACGAAGCUGUGGCCAUACUACAGAAAGCCGCAAAUAUGAACAAAAUAAAACUUGAAAAAUCAACGUUAGAAAAAAUAACGUGCGAAGAAACGAAAGGCAUAAGUUUCUUGAACCUACUGAAGAUCACUUUUUCGUCGAAAACGUUGACCAAAAGAUGUCUAAUAUGUAUUGUAUGGUGGACAACGUCGACGUUUGUCAACUUUGGGAUGACGAUCAACUCGGUAUCGUUGCAAGGGAACAAGUAUAUCAACUACAUGAUUGUACAGGGAGUGGACGUCAUAGGGAAUCUGAUGAUAAUCUACGUUCUGAAACACUUCAAGAGAAAGAUGCCACUGAUCGCGUCGUUCAUGAUCGGAGCCGUGUUGUGUGUGUCUCAGCCGUUUGUGCCAACUUCUCUCCUCUGGCUGUCAAUAACCUUCUACAUGGCCGGCAAGCUGAUGUCCUCAUUCUACUUCAACAUCACCUACAUGUACACCUCUGAGCUGUUCCCGACGUAUACCAGGAACUCCAUGCACGCUCUCUGCUCGUCUAUGGGCAGGAUCGGAUCUAUGCUGGCACCUCAAACACCGUUGCUGAUGCAUUACUGGACAGGCUUACCACCUGUCAUCUUCGGCGGUUCAUCUCUGCUAGCAGGCCUUCUAACCUUCUUAGUCCCAGACACCGGCGACAACGAUCUGCCCAACACGGUCAAGCAAGCUGAAGCUCUAGGCAAGACUGAUAAGGAACGAGCCAUGGAGGGAGAAGUGAACUACGCGUUCAGUAAAGAAGACACAGGGCCGAAUUUGGUUGUGAAUAGAGAGGGAAAAGUGUCUAGAUUGUGAUUUUUGAUUAAGUGUAGAUUUAGUAUAGUUUUAUUUACAAUUAAAUAAAUUAUAUUUAUUUGUUU